AAUUAUCACGCGCCUGCAGCACCACGAGCGUUGCAAAAACAUCUCUCGCAGAGGGUCAGGAUGCGGCUCAAUGUCACCGAGUUUUACCGCCGAUCUCAGACACAGGGCGACGUUUUGACCCACGGAUCCCGUCAGAAUCAGAAAUACUAGUCAGUCUGCAGAGAGGCGGUGACAUUUCUCAAAUUUCUGGUCUCUCCUCCACCAUCCGUCGCGCUUCAUGUCUACUGAUCCACCAUGUCAACCCAGAUUUAUAGAGCGUUGGAGUUGAUGCUGCGCUCCUCUUGCUGCCAAACCAUUAGAAGAAGAUCAUGCUUGCGAAACGCAGUGCUGGCCCCGACUGCCUGUGUCCCUGGGGGCCCCGUCUUUCCUAAAAGGGCCUACAGCCUUGACUCUUUGGGUCCUGGCCGGCCCUCCCUAGGUCACAGUUUGCAUCAUCCAGGUUCAGAGAGGACUUCGCCAUCGUCAGCGCUGGUACACAGGAACCUGUCUGCAGCAGCUGUACAGGGCCAGUUUCGUCCUCUGUGCCGGUACGACUAUCUGGAUCUCGGGGAGGUGGAGGAAAACGUACGCCGUGCGCAGGCUUGUAAAAAAACCAGACACUUCAUAGUCGAUCCAGACCUGGCCAACGCGGUCGCACAGCAUCUGGGGCCGGACUUGCAGGAUUCCAAGUCAGUUAUUUUCGAAUGCAACCCAGGUCCUGGAGUGUUGACGAGAGCUCUGCUUAAUGCUGGAGCUCAGAGAGUUGUUGCUCUUGAGGGAGACAAGACCUUCUUACCUGAUCUCCAGGAGAUGGAGGAACGCCUUGAUGGUCAGCUGGAAGUGCUUCACUGUGACUACUUUAGGCUCGACCCCAUCGGUAGUGGCAGUGUGAAAGCUCCGACCAUGUUUACUGAUAAACUGUUCACUGACCUGGGGAUAUCAGAGGCGGCUUGGACCGACGACGUCCCUGUGAAGGUGGUGGGAAUCCUGCCCCAGCGGAACGAGCGGGGCAUGCUGCUGAAGACGGUUUACGCCCUGUUUGAGCGAUUGUCUGUCUUCAGAUAUGGAAGGAUAGAGCUCAACCUCUUCAUCAGUGAGAAGGAGUACAGGAAACUGGUGUCACCUCCAGGUGAAAUGAGGUACUACAGAGCCUUUGGUGUCCUCUGGCAGAUGGCUUGUGAUAUUGAACUUUUGCACAAGGAGCCCUGGGAGUCAUUUAUUGUGUCUUCAAGGCAGAGUGUGCCUAGCUCCAAGGGCAAGUUUCCCAACGACCACCUGUGCCUGGUCCGCCUGCGUCCGCGCGCCGACCUCUUCUCCGCAGGCCUCACUCCCUCCAACGCUUCGACUCUGCUGAUGAUGGUCAAACAGUGUCUGGCCAAAAGGAAGGUCAAACUCAUCGACAGGCUCAAUCUCUGGUCACCUGAUAGCGGGAGUAAGCUGUUAUCAGAGCUGGGCUUGCCAGAGGACAUCCUGACCGGCAACGUGUAUCCAGCGGAGUAUCUUCGACUGUUCCAGCUGAUGGACAAGAGUCAGGAGUUCACCCAGAGCUGGCUUUAUGAAGAGAUACUGGAGAACACACAGAGGGAGGGCUGGGGCUGAACACGGCUCGGGCUCAGGACCGGUCGAACUGAAACGCAGCGGGACAACCGAACCCGUACAAUGAACUGCUCUGUAAUAUAUAUAUUUGAUUUCUAAUAAUGUGAUGCGACGAAACGGGACAGUGAGAUGCACAUAUAAGCAUAACAAUGUAACACAUUCUUCAUGAGUUUAGAAUUAUUAGCUCUGUUACUGAAAUAGGUUCAAAGUCUGCCUUGAUAUUUGAAGACAAAGGAAGACGUCCUUUAAAUGAAUAAAUAAGUUUUUGCUUAAACUGGUUUUACCGUGACGGACCGCGCACAGAGAAGCCCUUCAUUGCCUCAUCAGGCCAUGCAAAUGAUCUCAUAAAUCCAACGUCGGCACAGUCGCGGUUCUGUUUAGUCGAUAAACAGCAGGAGCAGUUUAACAACCGGCGUACAUCUUGAUGAGAAGCAGUGCCGCGGUAGGUUUAUCGUUAUAUAGCAGGAGCUGUUUUAUAUUUUUUUAUAAGUCCAUGAGUGUGUCCAAGCACAUAUAACGCCAUGCUUCAUGAAACGUGUAAGGUGUAUUUAAUUAAAAAUAACAUUGAUUCAUGCU